UAUCAUCGUACUGGAUCACUUCUACCACUGCCGGAUGCAGAUCACAAAUUUCUCCAAAUUUAUUUCAUGGGAACCAGUGAUGAACAAGUUGAUCAACAUUGUCGAUUCAAUACCGGCACUAAUCGAGAAAUUGUUGCUUCAUUACAAAAUUUAUUCGAUCAACAUAAUGAAUUAGUUCGACUGUUCAAGACGGCCCUCGAGCGAAUGCCAGCUGAUGAUUAUGUACUUGUCAUUAGAGCUGACAAAACACCAGCUGGCCAACAUGAAAGACAAUACAACGCACCAACAAUUAAUGAAGUGGCGAUCGUCAUAGUUGGCGAAGAAUUUAACUCGCGUGAUAUAGUUCUUCAUCGCAGAGAUGGUAAUGUUCAGCGAGUCUCCGAAACUCAUCGCUCAUACGAUGCAUUGCAAUAUCCAAUUUUAUUCUGGCAAGGAGAAGAUGGAUAUCAUUUCAACAUCAAAAUGAGAAAUCCACAAACAGAUGAGGACACCAAUAAGAAAGUCAGUGCCAUGAAUUACUAUUCAUAUCGAUUGAUGAUUCGUGAGAACACAGACAACCACAUUUUGAAAUGUCGAAAAUUAUUCCAUCAAUACAUUGUCGAUAUGUAUGCAAAAAUCGAGACCGAACGACUUCUUUUCAUUCGAUUGAAUCAAACCAAGCUGCGCUCUGAAGAAUACAUUCAUUUACGCGAUGCAAUUGCUACUGAUGGCAAUCCCAAUGAACUGGGAAAAAUGGUCAUAUUGCCGGCUACAUUCACCGGAAGCCCACGGCACAUGCAUGAAUAUGCACAAGAUGCAAUGACUUAUGUUCGCGCAUACGGCCGUCCGGAUUUAUUUAUAACAUUUACAUGCAAUCCUACAUGGGAAGAAAUUAAAGAUCUUCUGUUGCCUGGACAAUCGUCUUCGGAUCGCCAUGACAUCAUUGCACGUGUGUUCAAGCAAAAAUUGAAAUCUAUGAUGGAUUUCAUUGUCAAACAUCAUGUUUUUGGGGAGACACGCUGUUGGAUGUAUUCCAUUGAAUGGCAGAAAAGAGGAGUACCGCAUGCACACAUUUUAAUUUGGUUGAUCGACAAAAUUACACCAGACAAAAUUGAUGAAGUCAUCUCAGCAGAAAUACCAGAUGUUGACAUUGAUCCAGGCUUAUUCGAAGUCGUUACCAACAACAUGAUUCAUGGUCCAUGCGGCGCGAUCAACAACAAUUCUCCGUGCAUGAAGGAUGGAAAAUGCACGAAACGCUAUCCACGACACUUACACGCCGAAACUAUCACUGGAAAUGAUGGAUAUCCACAAUAUCGUCGACGAUCAACUGAAGAUGGUGGCAAAUUCAUCACUUUAAAAGUAUGCAACAAUGACAUUGAAGUCGAUAAUCGUUGGGUUGUGCCAUAUUCACCAUUACUCUCAAAGACGUUCAAAGCACACAUCAAUGUCGAGUAUUGUAAUUCAGUGAAAUCGAUCAAAUACAUUUGCAAAUAUGUCAACAAAGGAAGCGAUAUGGCAGUUUUUGGAGUGGGAAAUGCAUCUGCACCAAUCAAUGAAAUCGAUCGAUAUGAAUUGGGACGCUACAUUAGUACCAAUGAGGCAGUUUGGCGUAUUUUCUCAUUUCCAAUUCAUGAACGUCAUCCAACAGUUGUUCAUUUGGCCGUACAUCUUGAAAAUGGAUAGCGCGUGUAUUUUACAACGGAAAAUGUACAUGCAAGAGCAUUAUCGCCACCGAAAACAAUGUUAACUGCGUUCUUCUCAUUGUGCACGGAUGAUUUAUUCGCAAAAACGCUACUUUACUCAGAAGUGCCAAAAUACUACACAUGGAAUGCAUCAGCGAAAAAGUUUCAACGUCGUAAACAGGGGAAACCAGUUGAAGGACAUCUGAAUUUAUAUUCGUCCGACGCGUUAGGCCGUCUUUAUACAGUUCAUCCAAACAAUCAAGAAUGUUUUUACUUGCGAUUACUGUUACUUAACGUACGUGGACCGAAAUCCUUCCAAGAACUGAGAAGAGUAAAUGGUGAAGUAUGUGCGACCUAUCGAGAAGCUUGCCAAGAAUUAAAUCUUCUUGAAAACGAUGCACAGUGGGACACAACACUCGCUGAUGCAUCCGAUACUGCUCAACCACAGCAAAUACGCAGGUUAUUUGCGAUAAUAUUGACAACGUGUUUUCCAUCCAAUCCGAAAUAUCUUUGGGAAAAAUACAAAGAUUACAUGAGUGAAGACAUCCUACGUCGUUUGCAAGCAAUGAAUCAGAAUCCAGACAUGCAAUUCACACCACAAGUGUAUAAUGAGGCGUUGGUUUCGAUCGAGGAUAUAUGUUUGACAAUCGUUAACAAAGGAUUGGGGCAGUUGGGAAUGUGUGCACCGAAUCGAUCUGCAAAUGACGCAUAUGAUCGUGAUUUGCAACGUGAAAGUCACUUCGAUGUCGAUGAUUUGGACAUGUGGUAUCUUGAAUGA